AUGGCCGCCAGCGUCCUGGGCAAGCACCAGAUCGAGAAGGCUCUCCAUGACGAGCAGCGCAUGAUCUCGUCUGGCCGACUCAAAGAAGAGAACCCAUUAGACACAUCUCUGGAGUUCCGACGAUUCUGUGAAGCCUGUCGAAGAGGCGACCUCAAAGUCUGUCAGGAACAGAUCAGCAAGAACAUCAACAUCAACGCUAGGGACGAAUUCGAUUAUACGCCCCUCAUUCUGGCAAGUCUUUGCGGACACUAUGAGGUCGUCCAAAUGCUUCUCGAGCAAGGCGCGCUCUGUGAACGAGAUACGUUCCAGGGCGAGCGAUGCCUUUACAAUGCACUGAAUGAUCGAAUACGGAAUCUGCUGCUGAGCUACGACUACAGCAAGUCUACGGAUCCUUUGCAGCCUUUGGCUGGCCAUAUAACGAGUCUACUGUCGCGGGCUACGCCCAAGACCAGCGAUAUUGCUGUGCACGCGGGGGAUGCGACUUUCAACCUGCACAAGUUCGUGCUCAGUGCACGAUCGCCGUACUUCGCGAAGAAGCUGGCUGCAGCGCCUGAAACUCCCAGUUGGAGGUUGUCGCAAGCAGUGCCAGCAGAGUCUUUCGAGGCCUGCAUACGCUACAUCUACAUGGGCGAGGCUCAUGUUGCCAGCAUGGAGAGCGAGGAGGAACAGGAGCAGGUCAUUGCCGGGAUUGACAAGCUCAGUCGGCAAUUGGAGGUUCCGCAGCUGUUUGAAGGCAUCUUGCAUGCGGGAGACAGGAGGCAGGCGAGGCAACGGCGGACCGAAGAAGUAGAGCGCGGGCGAAAUCAGCUGGCGGCCUGGUUCCAGAGUAAUGUGAUACAGCAUCGAUUGGAGGUGGACACGGCGAAGGCAGACGACGUGAAGUGGGACAGAGACAAUGGCAUCUUUGCGGAUGUGCUACUGCGAGCGGAUGAGCCAGUGGAAGAUGAUGAGAUGAUGGACGAAGCACAGCCACGGAUACGGCAGACGGAGGGUCCUCUUAAUGGCAUACCCAUCGGCCACUUCCAGGCGUCGCGCUCACCCUCACGACAACGAAAACCUCAACGAUCGGUUCUCUUCCCAGCUCACCGCGCCAUGCUCCUUCGAUCUGAAGUCUUCGCCACCAUGUUCGCAUCUCCUUUCCGAGAAGGCCAGGAGUUGCAACACCUGCAAAUCGUACCCGUCGACUGCUCACCAGAAGUCCUCUCCAUCAUCUUGACCUUCCUCUACACCGAGAAAGCAGACUUUGGCCUGGGCAUUGCAUUAGAAGUCCUCCACGCCGCAGACAUGCUCUUCAUCGACCGCCUUAAACAGCGCGCCGCCCUCUUCAUUUCCACCCUCGGCAACGGCUCUGCUUCCAUCGUCGAAUCCGAGAACCCGCGGGGCGAAACAGACAUCGAAGACCUGAUCAAUGUCUACGACGUCGUCCGGGCAGGCUGGGACACCCGCGUCCAUCGCCUCGAAGAGUUCGGCGCGCGGUACAUCGCUUACCGCCUCGAACGCUUCAUCGAUGAAGCAGAGUUCAAAGAACUCGUGCAAGAAUCCGCUUCCCGCAUUCAAGGCCGUCAGGAAACAGACACCGUCGAGCUGGUCGACGAUAUCCGCUACUACCUCUCCGAGCGCUUCCGUCUCCGCUUCGAAGACGCUGGGCUGGACGAGAUGAUGGACGAGGACGUCGAAGGCGUUGCCGCGCUCCCGGAGCAGCCGGUAGACGACAAGCCGGCGUUACCGGAGGAUGAAGGCGUGGACGUGCAUUCAGGUCUCACGCCGCCUCAUGAGGACGGCUUCGCGCCGGACCUGGACUUCUUGGAGUCGCAUCAGGGUGUGGUGAGGACGUUGGAUGGCGACGUGGCGGGCGAUGAGUUUGCGCAGGAUGCGAUGAAUUAUCAGAUUUUGCUUGGGAAGCUGGAUACGUUGAUGGAGAAUUUGGGUUUGGAUGGGUAG